AUGGCACCCGCACGAACAAUCGAAAUCCCCCAAACAGGUCUCGAGUCCCGCUUGGCAGCCCGCAAUCUCACCUGGGACAGACCAACAUGCGGAAUGGCACCAGGCUACCUCCAAGCCAACCUGAUCGUUCUACCAUCCAAAGCCGCCAAAGAUUUCGAGAUCCUCUGCGCUCGAAAUCCCGUCCCGUGCCCACUUCUGGCCAAAUCAGCUUCUCCUGGCGAUUUCAACAGCUUCGUCUCUUGCGCAUCGGCAGUCUCCAACGAAAAGAUCGCUGCUGGAAUUGAUAUCAGGACAGACGCACCGCGGUAUAACAUUUAUCGAGAUGGAGUGCUGGUAGAGGAGAGCAUCGCCAGCGUUGAGAAACAUUGGCAAUCCGAUCACGUUGCGCUCUUGAUCGGCUGCUCGUACAGCUUUGAGAAUGCUCUGGCUGCUGCUGGCCUGACGCCUCCCCAUGUGUUGCACGAGAGGAAUGUCACUAUGUACACGACGAACAUUCCGCUUUGUGCUGCUGGUGGCUUUGUUGGUGGCAAGUACGUGGUCUCGAUGAGGAUGUACAGAGCUAGUGAAGUCGAGAGGGUUAGGGAUAUUACUCGUCCAUAUGUCACUACGCAUGGUGAGCCGAUUGCAUGGGGCUGGGAUGGAAUGAGAGAUAUUGGGAUUCACGAUCUUGGCGCUUUCGACUGGGGCGACGCGCCGGUGUUGGCUGAUGGGAAGCCUGUCAUACAGAGUGAGGAAGAGAGCAAAGACGGUGGCUAUGUCCCUGUCUUCUGGGGCUGUGGUGUUACUCCCCAGGAAGCAGUCAUGAAAGCGAAGACUCCUGGUAUCGUCAUUGGCCAUGCACCUGGACAUAUGGUGGUGUUAGAUGUGAAGGAAGAAGAUGUGCUGCGGAAAUAG